AGUCCUUUUAUCGUACAGGCAACAUUAUGCACAUUUUUAGAGAAGUUACUUCGAUUUUUAUUUGCGAAAUACCCACCGAGCCUAGGCGGUCGGUGCAUUCCGGUGAACUUUCAUUCUUUUUUCGUGCGCGGCAACUAGCACAUAGCUCUCAACAAAAAGUUACAAUAUUUCUAGGUAUUUCAAAUUCAUCAUGCCUAAGCGUAAGGCUGAUAAGAUUGAAUAUUAUAAAAACAAAAUCAAAAAGUUGCAAAAUGAGUCUCAAAAUAGACACCGUCGUGUCAUUGAGUAUUCAUCGUCUUCUUUGUCGGACUCUGAAGCAAAUCAAUAUGUCGGAACGUCACAAAAUGAAGUAAUGCAUAAUACUACCCAUACGGUAAUCGCCGCACGUACGGAGGACCUUGCGGAGGUGCUCACAUCCGAAGUACAUCCUUCUGAGCAGCCAUUGGAGGUUCCAGAACUAGACGUGGAUCUCUUACUCGCUCUGGAGGACGCUACUGACGAGCAACCCGGUUUUGGAGAAAAUAUUCAUCAAUUCCUUGCCCAACGAUGGCUCCCCAUUUUGAAAAAAGAGUUAGCAAAAGAGGUCAAGGAAAAACUUCUCAAAGAAUAUUUAAUACCGGAAAAUUGUAACUUACUUAAAGCCCCGACAUUAAAUGCCGAGAUUUCGGCAGCAGUUGUAGAUGUUGUCCCAAACCGGGACAAGAACAUAUUAAUAAAACAAUACCAGCUCGGACAAGGUAUUGCUACUAUCAGUAAAGCGAUUACUUUGCUUCUCUUAGGAGAUGACAAAGUACAAGCUAUUAAGGUGCUCACAGAUGGAUGUCGAAUUCUCACGAAUUUACAUUAUGAUGAGACACAAGUUAGAAAUCAACCAACAAAGGAAGGGCCAACAAUUAAAGAAAUCUAUUGCAUCUUUUAA